AUGUCUUUGAUCAUCCAGUAUCUGCCUUCUACAGUUGCCAUUAUCUUUGGUUUGCUUCAAGAUAUGGUUCUUCGCCUACACACCAUGACACCUGGGAUUUACAUUAUAAGCAUUUUAUGUAUUGUUGGUACUCUGAAUGUCAUGCCCACCCCACGCCAAGACUACAUCUCUCGAGUCAAAGAAACUCGUGAUAGUCAUGAAACAAUAAAGGCCUUGCAGAGAAUGGUCAAGGUGGAUGGUGCCGGCUCAUGGCCUCCCAAAGCAACCCACAGAGAUUCUUGGCCAAAAGCACUUCAACCAUAUCACGAUAUCUUCCAGGAACUAGCGGCCUUGAUAUCGGUCGAUACUGUCUCUACAAACGAUGAAAUUAACCAAAGUCGACGCCUAGAGUAUCGAAAACGCUUGCAGAGGCUCCUUAAGGAGCGAAUCAACCUUGAAGCUGUGCAGUCUGUUUUUGCCAUCUCCGAUCAAGCAGGCUCGACGGGCUUGCAAGGUGUUGCAUGCAACGGGUUCUUUGCCUGCAUCGCGAACCUGCGACAUGGGUUUAGAUGGGGGACUGUUCCUAUCGUGAAGGUUGCACAAGAGGAGAAAAUCAUUGAUUUCCCACAAGAGCUCGACAUCCCGUGGGCGUUCCUCCAACGUCGAUAUGGGGUAAACUCUCAGGGUGGAAAUCUCAUGUCAAAUUUCCAUUGCAACUUUGACAGCAACGGGGAGCUCGUAUACAAGCUGAACAACGGCAUGGCCGAGCCGGUCCCGUCAGCAGAGUACAAUUUGGUUUACUCUUUUACUGGAACCGAGAAAGAGUCUCUACCAGUUUACUAUCACUUGGCGCAGGCCAUUGCUGCCUUCGAGCGGAACCAAAAGCAACAAUGCAGUCAACAACUCGCACAAGUCAAUUGGCAUCUUCGCAACACGAUGCGAGUGUACUACGAGUACGUCGUGAGCUCAAAGAUUCCACACAGCCUCUUCGUGGGCUAUAUCCAAGGCUUCCACGGCUGGGCUGCCGGCAAGUUCGUGGAUGGGAAGUUUAAAGAGUACGACGGUUUGUCGGGAGGUCAUCUGAUCCUGUUCAAUCUUCUGGAUGGCUUUUUUGGAUUCGAACACUUCCUCAAUGACGAGUCGCGUUUGAAUUAUAUCCCUGCCACGCAACGGGAGUUCAUUGAGUCGGUCAAGAAACACGGUUUUCGGGAAGAAGCCGAAAGGGCUGGAGAUGUUGAAGUGAAGAAACAAUUAGAUGGGAUCCUCAAACAACUGCGAACUUUCCGCAGUGCCCAUAAAACGCGUACAAAUCGAUAUAUGAGCGUUGAGCGGCCGGAGCGAGUAGUCAUGACAGCAGGGGCUUCCAUUCCCAAAGGUGGGGCAAAGGGUACCGCCCAGGAUCUGGCCAAGUCCGUGGAUGAUGCUCUGGCGAAACAGUUGAAGAAUACUGUAUAG